AUGGGAGUCGAUCUCGACAACAUAAAACCAUCCUCCAGAACAUUAACCGGCUUCAACGGAUCCUCCGAAACAAUACUAGGAACAAUCCACCUUCCGGUACGCGCAUGUGGAGUCUCUCGAACUGUCAAGUUUACCGUUGUAAGCACGAAGGCCCCUUACCACGCUAUACUUGGAACCCCCUGGAUACACUCAAUGCAGGCCAUUCCAUCUACUUAUCACCAGUGUGUUAAGUUCCCCGGUACAAACGGAAAAAUCAAAACAUUGCGAGGAUACCAAAAAGCCGCUAGGGAACUCCUAGUCACCACAGUUAAACUCCAACGAUCGUCGUUAUCGGUUAACUCCGUUUCUCCUCCAACCUAUAAAGCCUACUCCCAGGAAGGCGAAGUUCUCGAGCUACCUAUUGACGAUACCGAUCCAAGCUGGACCGCAAGGAUUGGUGCGUAUCUAUCUGAAGAUAUGCAGCGGUCAGUUCUCAACUUUCUCAAGGCGGAUGUGUCCACAUUCGUGUGGUCCAUGUCAGACAUGAAAGGAAUUGAUCCGGCUAUAAUAACUCACGAACUAAACGUCGACCCGACAUUCAAGCCUAUCCGGCAGAAGCGACGCAAGCUCGGUCCCGACAGGUCAAAGGCUGUAAACGAAGAGGUCGACCGGUUGCUCGGCGCUGGCUCAAUUGCUGAGGUGCGCUACCCUGAGUGGUUAGCAAAUCCAGUAGUCGUUAAGAAGAAGAACGGGAAGUGGCGCGUCUGUGUCAACUUCACUGACUUAAAUAAAGCCUGCCCAAAGGACAACUAUCCUCUUCCCAAUAUCAACGGUUUAGUCGAGUCCACGGCUGGAAACGAGAUGCUCACCUUCAUGGACGCUUUCUCUGGGUACAACCAAAUCAUGAUUCACCCCGACGAUCGCGAAAAAACAGCCUUUAUCACGGAUAGAGGAACCUACUGCUAUAAGGUCAUGCCAUUCGGCUUGAAGAACGCAGGAGCAACCUACCAACGGCUUGUGAACAAAAUGUUCGCAGACAAGCUAGGCGUCACCAUGGAAGUAUACAUCGAUGAUAUACUUGUCAAGUCGCUACACGCCGCUGAUCACCUCCGUCACUUGCAAGUUGCUUCGAAACUCUCAACAAAUACGGCAUGA